GCGCGGGAUCCGGGUGGCUGCGGGCAGCGGUGGCGGCUGCGGCUGCGGGGUCCGGGUCGCAGCCAGUGCCAGGUCGCAGCGAGUUCGGAGGCGGAACGUCUGAGGGCGGCGUCCGCACGCGAGGUGACCCCCGUCGGAGGGAGCGCACCCCAACCCGCGCCUCCGCGUCUCAGCAGGGCUCCAGCCCUCCCCUCCCAGGAGGCUCCGUGCCAAGAUGGCGUCAGCUGGAGAUCCCCCAACGGGCCAGCGGGAUGCAGCAGACCAGAACUUCGACUACAUGUUCAAGCUGCUGCUCAUCGGCAACAGCAGCGUGGGCAAGACGUCCUUUCUGUUCCGAUACGCUGACGACUCCUUCACGCCCGCUUUUGUCAGCACUGUGGGCAUCGACUUCAAGGUCAAGACCGUCUACCGCCACGACAAGAGGAUCAAGCUGCAGAUCUGGGACACGGCAGGCCAGGAGCGCUACCGUACAAUCACCACAGCCUACUACCGCGGAGCCAUGGGCUUCCUGCUCAUGUAUGACGUCGCCAACCAGGAGUCCUUUGCCGCCGUGCAGGACUGGGCCACGCAGAUCAAGACCUACUCCUGGGACAACGCUCAAGUCAUCCUCGUGGGGAACAAGUGUGACCUGGAGGACGAGCGUGUCGUGCCCACUGAGGAAGGCCAAAGGCUCGCUGACGACCUUGGUUUCAAGUUCUUUGAGGCCAGCGCCAAGGAGAACAUCAACGUGAAGCAGGUCUUCGAGCGCCUGGUGGAUGUCAUCUGCGAGAAGAUGAAUGAGUCCCUGGAACCCAGCUCCAGCCCGGGCAGCAAUGGGAAAGGCCCGGCCUUGGGGGACACCCCACUCCCGCAUACCAGCAGCUGCCCCUGCUAGAGAUGAUCCCUCACCCCCGCCCACCCCCUCCUGCCUCGGCAGGGACAGUGACUGAGGCAUGAGCCACAAGGGCUGUUUCCGAGCUCAGGGCGCCCCCUCCCCUCCCAUCAGCCGCAUCCCCCCUGUCCCCUGCCAACUCCCGCAUGGCGCAUUCUCUGGCCAUGGCCACCAGCCUGCCCCAGCAGCCCCUUUCACAGGCUCCAGACCCUGGGGACUCCGCACUGCAGGCAGAGUCUGGGGAUGGGGCGUCUUCAUGGGGGUAGUGCGGGCAGCGUCUCCCAUCCCGCCUGGUGGAGCGGCAUCCACAGUGCCUUCUGGGCUAGAACCACUUAUCCACAUCCGUUUCUUUGUCGGGCAUUGUUUGGAGUUCACGCGCUGGCCAAAGAUGGUUCUUCUUCUCCCUCGUGCAGCGGGGAUUCUCAUACUUCAUCCCCGGAGAUGUGGAAGGCGGCUCCUUUCUCAGGGUCACCCAGUCUGCUUGUGAACCUUCUCAGACCUCGAGGCUCCAAGGCAGGGUGGUGAUUUAGUCCUCCCAGAACCCUCCUUUCAGGCCUGCACAUCCUCUGCCUGUGAAAGCAGUAUUAAAGCAGCUUUUCCCAUUGUAAGAGAAGAGGGAGUCAGACCCCCCCCCCACAUCCCCCGUUCCCCAGCCUGGCUUCAGGGACCGCAGAAGUGCCUUCUGAGCUUCCCCAGAAUUCCACGUCACCCACGACCCUGCCACUGUUUCAGCUUAUCCACUUCAUCCCUGAUCCAGAAUUGAAUUCUGGAACUAUGGGCCACAUGGGGCCGGGCAGAGAAUCACCCAACCCUUGGCGUUCCUGCUGGGGACUUUCUACCAGAAGUUAACUCAGAGUCAGGAGCCUGGGCUCUCCUGCCCAGACCUGCCUCCUCCGGGCCCUGUUUGGCUGGUAAUGGUUUAAGCAAGGUUCUUUCCACAUCCGACAUCCUGCUAGAAAAGGAAAUUGAGCAAUGUUCCUGUUUUCCUGUGCUGGCUGGUUGCUCUCCAUGUAAGGACUUUGGCCCCUUCCACUUGAAAAAGCUUGAAGACGCAGCGUUGGCUUCCCGAGCCAUGUCAUCGCUAGGGUCCAGUGAUGUUCUCUGCUAAUGGAAGAGUCACUCGAAAGAAUGCUUUGGGGUUGGGCUGGAGGGGCGAGAAGGCAGGGUUGGGUAACUGCUGUGGCCGCUUGCAUUUCACAGGUGCAGCUUGGGAGUGGCAGGCUGAUGGGGGAUGGGCGGGGAACCAGGCUCCCUGGUUGAGGCACUAGUGGGGAGCCCAACCAGCUUGGGGUCCCCAGCUACCAGGGGCUCCUGCUGAGAGAUGAUGUGCAGUUUGGGGAUCUGCAUCUUGACACAUACACCCCCCAGCCCCAUCCUCAGUUCAGUGGCCCUUCCUGCCCACCAGAGUCCAAACCUGGUGACAUGAGACCUUCUUCUACCCUGGAACACUGACACUCCAGAACUUGACAGACACUGUGAGAGUGGCCAAGCAUAUGGUUUGUCCAGUCUCCCAGCCCCUGGCGCCAAAAUGACUUCCUGUAAGCUUAAGGAUCUCUGCUGCUUCCUUCCAAGAGUGGGGAAGGUCUGGUUCAAGUUUAAUGUAGUUCUUACUUUUAUAGA